GUGCAUUUUUUUGCAAAAGUUAAUUUUUUUCGGAUAUAUUUUUUUUUAAUAAUCUGUCAACACUUGUUGACGAGUGUUUAAACUUUAAUUGAAAUUAGAUACUAAGAAAAUUGUUAAGAAUAAGACAAACAAAUAGAAGCAGCUCACAGCUUUUCGUUAUAUGAGACAACAAUUGAAUUUCUUUGGCAAAAAUGUCUGGUCAUAUUCUAAUACGUGUGCAAUCUCCUGAAGGUAUAAAGCGUAUUGAAAUUUCACCAAAGGCUAAUCUCAAGGAACUCUUUGAAUCGGUGCAGAAUGCCUUAAAAGUUGAUGGAUUUGGUUUAUUUAAAGAAAGAAAUCUCACAAAGGAGAUUUACUCACAUACGUCACAAGAGGUUGGCAGUCUGCUGAAACAUGGGGAUAUGGUAUAUCUCAAACAAAUGGCCGGUACAUCAACAAGGCGUACCAGUACCACGGCAAUUGAUAGUUUCAUAAAUCCACCAGCAAUAGCAGCUCCCACAAAUAAUGAUUUUAAAACUUCCACAUCAGUCGAUGAAGAUGAAGUUGACAAAUUGUUAGCUAAAGAGGAUGGUCUAAUCAAAAGGGAAAGAGAUAACAAGCUAUGCCGACAUGGUGCUAAUGGCUGUUGCGUUCAUUGCUCCCCACUGGAACCCUACAAUGAAAGUUAUCUGAAGGAACAAAAAAUCAAACAUUUAUCAUUUAACUCGUACAUACGCAAACAAACAUCGGGCAUUGAUCGUGGCAAGUAUAUGGUAUUCGAAGACAUCAAUUGUCGCAUUAAGCCAGGUUGUCGCGAACAUCCACCAUGGCCCAAGGGUAUCUGUUCGAAAUGUCAACCAUCGGCAAUUACUUUAAAUCGUCAAAUUUAUCGUCAUGUGGAUAAUGUGAUGUUUGAGAAUACAACAAUUGUGGAGAGAUUUUUGAACUAUUGGCGUACAACUGGACACCAAAGAAUGGGUUUCCUUUAUGGCACCUAUGAAAUCAAUACAGAUGUACCAUUGGGCAUAAGGGCUAAGGUGGCGGCCAUAUAUGAGCCACCGCAGGAAUCAACAAGGGAUUCCAUAAAGCUAUUGGAAGAUGAAAGUGCUGCCGAUGUUGAAGAGGUGGCCAAGGCAUUGGGUUUGAAGAAGGUGGGCUGGAUUUUCACUGACUUAAUUACGGAUGAUCCUGCCGCUGGUACGGUUAAACAGCUGCGUGGCAUUGAGACUCAUUUCUUGACUGCUCAGGAAUGCAUUAUGGCUGGUGAACUACAAAAUCGUCAUCCAAAUCCUUGCAAAUACGCUUCCAAUGGUGUAUUUGGCUCGAAAUUUGUUACUGUUUGUGUUACAGGUGACAACACCAAACAGGUGCAUAUGGAAGGCUAUGCUGUCUCAGCCCAGUGUAUGGCUUUAGUGCGUGAUAAUUGCUUAAUACCCACUAAAGAUGCUCCUGAAUUGGGUUAUGUGCGUGAAUCGACUGAUAAACAAUAUGUUCCAGAUGUUUACUACAAGGAAAAAGAUCAAUACGGCAAUGAAGUGCAACGUUUGGCACGCCCGCUUCCUGUGGAAUAUUUAUUGGUGGAUGUGCCGGCUUCAACGCCUCUACAGCCUCAAUACACGUUCUCCAAAUAUGACAAACGUCAACCAUUCCCUGUUGAAAAUCGGUAUUUGGAUGGCCAUUUACAAGACUUCAAUGCCUUGAGCACAUAUCUAUCGCAAUGGGAAGAUGAAGAUUUUCUCGAGGCAAUAUCGGACUUUCAUUUACUGGUCUAUUUGUAUAAAAUGGAUAUGUUGCCCAUGCGUCAGCAUAUGAUGCCGCUGCUAGAGGCUGUGCGCAAUAAGAAUCCCAAUAUGGCCUAUGAUUUUAAGAAAGAAGAAGUAUGGAAAUUAUUGGAAUCAUUAAUACAAGCCAGUUCUAGUGGCAGUGGGGGCACAACCAGUUAUCCUUCAUCCUCAGCUUCAGCUCGAGCGGGAUCUGUAGGCUCGGUUGGUGUCGCAGGUCUGGAGAAUGCCGCCGCAGAUGUGGCCACUUGGACAUGCAACCACUGUACUUUCAUCAAUCGCAGCGAUCUGACUUCAUGUGAAAUAUGCUCUCUACCCAGAUAGAUUUUCAUCAGUUAUGCAGUUCAGUUAUUACUAUUUUUAUUAUUAUUUAGAGAAAAGAAAGUUCUUCUAAAUUAAUUUCUUCAGUGUUCAUUGCAAUCACUCUCUUCCCAUAACUCGCUCUGUCUCUUAAUCUAUCUACCUGUCUAUCACUCUUCAACGCCUUGCAAGCAGAUAAAGGAUGGAAAAGGCUUUCCUAAAAAUAAAAAAAUUAUCUUUUUAGAAAUUUGUUGUCCUAAGUUAGAGGAAAACAGAAGUUUUUUUUUUUAUUUUGUACGUUUUAUUUUUGCGUCUGAUGUUCAAGAUUUCUUGUAAUUACAUUUAGAAACAAAAGGAAAAUUAUAAUAAAAUUGUAUAGUUUCAAAGAUUAUAAGGAAGACCUUAAAACAGAUUUUUUUUUAUUAAAAAAAGAACAACAAUUAUUAUAUAUUUUAUAUUAAAUAGAAAUAAUGUUUUUUGAAUACUUCAAACAAUAUUUUUAUUGGAAAAUAAUUUUAUGGUCAAACUUUUCAGAAACGAUUGAAAGUGAAUGGUUCUGUUUUAUUUUAACACUAUAUGGUGCCGAGCCAGUGGUGUCGGCUGUUAUGCCAUGAUAUUGAAGAAGAAUAAAUAUAAUUAUUAUUAACAUUUA